AGCGGGCCGCCGGCCACAGUGGAGCCGCCCCGCCUGUCCCCGCGCCCACGGGAGGCUGCAGGUGCCGCCCCGUAAAGCGGAGCGAGCCGUGCGGGCAGCGGCCGGCCGGCCACCCCCCUCCCUUCGGCUCAUCGGCGGGCGGGCAGGGCGAGCCCCUGCCUAGCAAUGAGCUACGCUGUGGGCAGCCCCAGCCAGGUACAUGUGACAGCAUUGCAGCUAUGAAUGGAAUUUUAAAGAGGAAGUUUGAAGGAGUUGACGGCUUCUCACCCUGCUCUUCUGUACAGGAAUCAGACGAUGAAGUUUCUAGCAGUAAAAGUGCUGAUGGUGCCGAUAGUGUCAGUCCAUCUACUUCUGAUCAUUUUACCUGAAAAAUUAAGAAAGUAUCUACAGACUGAAAACAUGGUUUCAGCAGUCUAAAAUCUCCUGCAAGAAACUGGAGUUCUUUGAGAUCACAAGGUACAUGUGACAGCGUUGCAGCUAUGAGUGGAAUUUUAAAGAGGAAAUUUGAAGAAGUUGACGGCUCCUCACCCUGCUCCUCUGUGCGGGAAUCUGAUGAUGACAUUUCUAGCAGUGAAAGUGCUGACAGUGGUGAUAGUGUCAAUCCAUCCACUUCUAAUCAUUUUACCCCUUCAUCGAUCCUGAAGAGGGAGAAGCGGAAAAGGACAAAGAAUGUUCAUUUUAACUGUGUUACCGUGUACUACUUCACAAGAAGGCAAGGCUUCACCAGUGUCCCGAGCCAAGGAGGAAGCACAUUGGGCAUGUCCACACGUCACAACAGUGUGCGCCAGUACUCCCUUGGAGAAUUUGCAAUGGAACAGGAGAGGCUCCAUCGAGAGAUGUUAAGAGACCAUUUAAGGGAAGAGAAGCUUAACUCUUUAAAACUGAAGAUGACAAAGAAUGGUACAGUGGAAUCGGAAGAGGCUGAUACUCUGACGCUGGAUGACAUUUCUGAUGAUGAUAUUGAUUUAGACAACACAGAAGUAGAUGAAUACUUCUUUCUACAACCCCUACCAACAAAAAAACGUAGGGCACUGCUACGAGCCUCUGGAGUGAAAAAGAUCGAUGUGGAAGAAAAACAUGAGCUGCGGGCUAUCCGCCUGUCCAGGGAGGAUUGUGGCUGUGACUGCCGAGUGUUCUGUGAUCCAGAAACUUGUACUUGCAGCCUUGCAGGCAUAAAAUGCCAGGUGGAUCGUAUGUCUUUUCCAUGUGGUUGCACUAAAGAAGGGUGCAGCAAUACAGCAGGUAGAAUUGAAUUUAACCCCAUCCGUGUACGGACUCACUUUUUGCAUACAAUAAUGAAGCUUGAAUUGGAGAAAAAUACAGAGCAGCAGGUUCCUGCACUAAAUGGUUGCCACAGUGAGGUAAGUGCUCACACUAGUUCUCUGAGUACAGCACCCCACCCGGUAGAAUAUUCACUUGCAGAGAAUUUUGAGAUUGAAACUGACUCUCAGGCUGCAGUGAUGCACCUGCAGUCUGCUGAAGAUUUGGAUUGUCCUGGGGAAGAGGAAGAGGAGGAAGAAGAUGGAAGUAGCUUUUGUAGUGGAGUUACAGAUUCUAGUACACAAAGUUUAGCACCCAGUGAAUCUGAUGAUGACGAUGAUGAUGAAGAGGAGGAGGAGGAGGAGGAGGAGGAAGAAAAAGCAGAUGAUUUUGUGGAAGGCAUGGGAUCCCAUGCCGAUGUAGUGCCUCUUCCUUCUGUCCUUUGCUAUUCUGAUGGCACUGCAGUACGUGAAAGCCACUCUAAAAAUGCUUCAUACUACACUAACUCUACAACUCUGUAUUACCAAAUAGAGAACCAUGCCCCUGGCAGUAAUAACCAGAUCACUGAGACCUAUUCAGAAAGGGAAACUGUUAAAAAUGGUAGUCUUUCUCUGGUGCCUUACAAUAUGACUUCAGAGCAGUUUGUUGACUACACACGGCAAUCAGAGGAAAGUUACAGCAGCUCUCAUUACCCUUCUGCAAACCCCUCUGUGAUAGUCUGCUGCUCCUCUUCAGAAAGUGAUAACAGUGUUCCAUGUAAUAGUUUAUACACUGAACAUAGGCCAAGCCACCCUCAUGUGGAAUUUCACUCAUACUUGAAAAGUAACUCUCAAGAUGGAUUUGUUUCAGCUUUGAAUGGUGACAGUCACAUGCCAGAGCAAGCUGCUGAGAAUUCUAUAAGCCUUUCAGAAAAGAGCAGACUGCAUGAAGAGUGUAUCAAAUCAUCUGUAGUGGAAACAGUCCCUGUUUAAUUUAUUAAGAUAUUCUAGGACUGAAUCCAUUUAUUUAAAUGCACUCCAAUUGGAUUUCCUAGAAUCAUAAUUUUUUAAGCUGUGGACUAAGAAAACUUGGACUAUGGUUAAUAUUCCAGACAUAUUUUGUUUUUUUUCUUUCAAGCUACAUGGCUGUGGCAUUGCACAAAAACAGUUCGUGUAAAGAUUAAAAACAGAAAUCAAACUGUCUUUUGAUAGAAAAUGUAUAAAUUAAAAAUAUAUACAUAUUUCAAAGUAGCCUACCUGUCAAACUAUGUGAAACCUGCCAAGCUAUCUGAAUCAAAGCUUCAUGUUUUUGAUUGUUGGGCCUGUGCAAGAUUGUUAAAUCGAUACUUUGAAAUAAUCAUGUUUAGAGUCCUAAAUUUUCAACAUAUCUGAAAAAGAUAGUGACUUUUUAUGUAAAAGUAAUUAAUGUAUGAAAAAGGUUUAAGUGUUCUGUACUGUAUUUUAUUUAUUGUAGUUUAGUACUCAUGUUUUGAUAAAGAUGAACAGCAUGUUCAUUUGAGUUGAAGAUCCAUAGCUAGCUCUGCAGAGCAUGCCCACGUAAAUUUCAUCUGGUGUACCAUAUACAUUUUUUAUAACUACUCCUAGCAACUGACCUUAAAAUACAUUAGGUCUGUUUUUACUGUUUUUGACAGACAAAUCUAUGAGUAAGGGGGCAUUUAUAUUUUGUAUAAAGGUGAAAAGUAGGACAAUCUUCCAUUAAUGUCUGAUUCAAUGACAAGCCACAGUUAACUUCCCCUGGAGAAAAUUGAUGUUGUGUAUAAGGACAAAGCAGUAGUUUAUAAACUUGCACAGCACCUUUUAGCCCUACAAAUAUUCAGCUUACUAAUGCACUUUAGUGCCAUUUUGCAGUACCUUAUUAAUUGUGGGAACUGUGAACCAUUUUGGAGAUAUGCCAUAGCUCCAGAUUGUGAGAUCUAUAUAAUAGGCAUCUUAAAAUUCAGUGUAAUAAAACUGAUACAAGUUUUCCCAAGCCAGUAUAUGAAUGCUUAAAUAAGUAAUUAGUAAGAGCAAAGAGUCAUUCUGUUAGGAGGUUAAAGCAAGCAUGGAAAACAGUUUUAAGUUUUUCUAGAUUUUUCUACCUAUUUAGCAAUCUUUACAAAUUAAGAGCCUGAUCCAAAGCCCAGUGAAGCCAUUCAGUGGGCUUUUGAUCAAACCCUAAAUGUACAAAGUCACUUAAUUACUCUGAUAAUAACAGUAUUGGGUACCAGAAUCUGUAUAUUCAACAAGGACACGAGUGUCAGAAGUUUUAUACUUGUGAAAAUUUGUAGGCAAAUUCUAAUGCAUUACAUACAUCAUUCAUUAUUACCUGGUUUUCAUUUUACUUUUUAAAAGGGACAAUGAGAAUUACAACACAUUCUGCAUCCCAACCCUUAAAUUAUCUGGACUUGGUUUUUCUAGAGAAGAACUUCUUCUAGGAGUUCAUUUUCUACACAUUUAUUAGAUAUACCUAGCUGUACAUUGCCUUAUUUUAAAAUUCAAUAGGACACUUCUUAACCUGUUUUGAUAUUUUUGUCCUUCUACUGAUAUUGAAGUAUCAUUGUAUAGGUGUUAGUUUGAAAUGAUUGUCUUUUUUGUCAAAUUACAGCGUCUGCUGCUUAAUUUUUAUCUCUGUCAAAUUUAGUUGUUUUAGGGAUACAGAUGUAAGCAUAUUGUAGAUUUCAGCUCUGUACCAGUUACUCUUCCGUUGAGUCACUUUUUAUAAAGUCAGCUACAAUAUUCCAGGUAGAAAAACUACCAUGCUAAAAAGAUGUUCUCUGAAAAAGAAGUUGUGACUUAAUGGCUCUUUUAUGAAACCACUGCACACCAUUUUCAAGUCAGUUGUUUUACACUAAAUUGGCAAAAUAUUUUUAUAUUUUCCACAUAACAUGAGCUGUUUUGUUUAUUUGUUCCCACAUUGAUUCAUGAAUGCCUUCAUUGGGAUUCCUUUGAGAUAAAAGUUCUGGUUCAAUAAGAAUUGCAUACUUCAUUUGCAUGGCAUUCCUAUCUCCUGGGAAAGUGCAGCCCACUUUGACUUGCUGUCUAAAGUAGCCAUUCUAGCAAUUCAUCUGGCCCUUGUUUGCCGUAGAAACUUCUUUUCUUUCCCCAAAGGGUGUGCAGUCAGUUAAGACAGGUGUUCUUCGCUUUUACACAGCAAAUAGUAUUCUUUAUUUUUAAAGAGAAACAGAUUAGAAACAUUUGAUAAAAAGAAGUAUGCAGGUUACUGAUAAUAUUGUCCUGAUAACAGAGCUCUCUUAAUUUACAGAGCCCUUGCAACAAAUCACUGGGCACAUGUGUACACAUCACGGAAACCUGGCACACACCACACCAGCACUAAAAGCACAAACCUCUAGCUAACGGAGUAGCUGUGAGUGAGUAGCAGGUUCUUAACUUCAGUGUGGAUUGGCCACUAGAGGGAGACAUAAUUAUGCACAUUUAACCAAUGUAUUAAGUUCAGGUGAAAAUAAGAUUUUUACUUCAUUAUUUGCCCUGCUACGGCGCAAUAAGAAAUUAUUUUCUUAGUCUCUAACUUUCCACAUGAAGAACAUCUUCAGUGACAUUA